UCUCAAGCAACGACAACCCCAUCAAGGACAACCUGCACGCUACUAGAUACAAUAGGCUGCAGCCCAAGAGUCUCAUACCUUACUCUAGAUAAUCAUAAUGGAAAGUAUGAACAGCGUGAGCCAAGCUAUCCACCAGCUCUUGAAGGACAACAAACUGAUCCUCAGCCAAGACUUUUCCGAUCCUGUACUAGCUCAGUCUACCCUUCUGUGCCUCGUGAUGAGAAACCACCAGUCUUCCAAGAUUUCCGACAUGACCCUUAUACUGAUCUCCCUCCUCGCAACGAGCCAAACGAGAAACUUGAACCAUCAGUAGCUAUCAAUAAGGCUAUGGAUAACCUAGAAGAACUGGUCGCAAACAUACAAUCAUCAAUCAUAAAUCACGUACUUGCAUACCAGCUAGCCAUGGAUAGAUCCCUAGCACGGUCUUUGAAGCAGUACUAUCUUGAAAGACAUCACCAAGACUCCUACUUUCGUGGAAAGGACCAGAGCCAUGACGGUGAUAGAUUUAACCUCCAGAAGAAACGUCAACCGUGGAAAAAGAAGUGCUAUAACUGCAGAAAAUAUAACUGUUGGUAA